AUAGUCUCGAUUAUUCGCAUUGAUAGCGUAUAAUAAACCUGAUGUCCUGAUAAUCGAAGUAAAAUACCCAGGGCAGCUGACAAAAAGAAAGGAAUCGUGAGCUAAUGUUUUGCAAAUAUAUUAUUAAUAUGAUAAAAUGUCUGCUGGACUUUUCAUUGUUUCUCUAUACAUUAUUUAAAAUUAUUGUCAGAGCAGCAUUUUUUUUCGUUUUACCAAAUACCGUGAAAGAUAUUGGUGAUGAUGUGAUAGUUAUAACUGGAGGAGGUAAAGGAAUUGGUAAAGAAAUUGCAGUGCAGUUUGCAAAAUACCAUCCGUCUCAUAUUGUAUUAUGGGGUCGAACAGAGGCAAGUCUCCAGUCUACAGCAAAACACGUGAGAGAAUGUGGUGUGAAAUGUACACCUAUGGUUUGUGAUGUUAGUCAAAAAGAUAUGAUAUAUAAAUGUGCUAAAGAUAUACAGAGUAGUAUAGGAGAAGUUAGUAUAUUAGUUAAUAAUGCAGGUGUUGUAUAUGGUCAAUCUAUUUUAGAAAGCAGCGAGGAAAAUAUUGAAAAUACAUUUCAAGUUAACACUUUAUCACAUUUUUGGACAAUGAAAAGUUUCUUACCAGGGAUGAUAAAUAAAAAUCAUGGUCAUAUUGUAGAGAUUAGUUCUGUACUAGGAUUAAUGGGAUUAAGAGAUGCUGGUGAUUAUUGUAGUUCUAAGUUUGCAGUGACUGGACUAACAGAGAGUCUUUAUGAUGAACUGGGAUGUAUUCCGAACAAUAAUAUUCACGUAACUAGUAUUCAUCCAUAUAUUGUGGCUAAUGAUAUGUUCUCUGGCAUAAGGACAAGAUUGUCAUGGUUAAUACCACCAUUAACAGAAGAAUAUGUAGCUAAACGUACAGUUGAAGGUGUUUUAACCAAUAGAAAUAAAGUUAUAUUACCAAGAGCUAUGUAUUUAACUAUAUUAAUAACAAGUUUAAUGCCUAUCAAAGUACAACAAUUACUGGUCAAGUUAACUGGAGCAGACCAAGCAAUGGCAAAUUUCCAUGGAAACCAAAGAUAAUAAAUGGAAAAGUUUAUCAUAGUAUUUAUAGCUGUUGUAAUAUAUAUAUGAUAUAUCUUUAAGUAUAUCCUAUAUAUAAUUUUGUUACAUAUAUAUUGUUUUAUUAUUUAUAUUCAUUGAGGAAUAUAUGUUACCCUUGAUAGUGUCAUGAUAUGCGCUUAAUAUGUUUUGGGGGCCUUCAUUUAUUUAUUUUUUUACAAGAGACCCAUUCCCUAUAAACCAGAAACCAGCAACAGUAGACCUGGUUUGAUGCUUUCUAGUAUUUAAUGCUCAAAUAUGUAUCCAUAUAUUUGCUUGGUUUUUAAUUACAUAUAAAUUGUAGUUUUAUCUUAAAAAGUUUUGAUAAAUAUCUAUAUAAUCAAUGUUCUUAUAACGUUUUAAACCACCCAAACGUUGUUUGUUGCAUUAUAUAUUUUAAUAUACAUGUAUAUAAAACCUAUUUAAUACCAACAUUUUAUAUAUUUUGAUAAUGUUCUAAAGAAAUUAAUGAUUAAAGAUUGUAAUUUUAUACCUGCAGCUUUUAUAUGUUUAUAUAAAUUGCUAUGUACAAUGCGUACCUCUGUUAA